AUGUUGUUCACGGAAAGAUUCAAAAGUCACAUCCGUAAGACAACGAAGAGGGCCAGCAUAGUUAAGGCUGAGUCGAUUAACGACUUGUUCAAGACGAGUGAAAUAGUGUACCUCACGGCAGAUUCAGAUAACGUUUUGACCAAGUUGGAUGACACGAAAGUUUAUGUAAUCGGCGGUCUCGUCGACCAUAACAGUCAAAAAGGCCUCUGCUUUGAACAGGCUGUCAAGAAUGGAUACGAUCAUGCUCGUCUUCCAAUCGAUGAAUUUGUUGAGAUGAAAACUCGUAAGGUGCUCACAAUCAACCAUGUGUUUGAAAUUCUGGCGCAUUUUUCCACUCAUGGUGACUGGGAGAAGGCAUUUCUUCUCGGUGAUACCUCAGCGGAAAGGAAUGGUUAA